AUGGAUAUUCAACAAUGGGUUAUUGGAAUACUAAAAGGUAAUAAAAGAAAGGAUGAUAUUCAAUGUCAAAUAGAAAAUUUAUUUAAAUAUUUAAUUCAUUCAAAUUGUCAAAUACGAAAAUCAGUUAAACAAUGUUUUUUUAAUCAACUAUGUAAUCUUAUAAUUGAAUUAAAACAAGAAAAAUUUACAAAUACUUUAAAUAUGACUGAAAUUUUGAAUAUACUCACUGGUAUUAUUGUUAAGUGUCUUCCUGAACAUGUAAAAGAGAUAAAAGAUUACAAUUUACCCUAUCAUCCAUGUCUAACUAAAGAAGAAGAAGAACAACAACAAGAUGAUACUUCAACGGUCAUAAUUGAUUUAUAUUUUUUCUAUGUUAAAAAUAUUUUAAAUGAUAAAACAAUUACAUGUGCUAUGAUACAUCAAAUUCACGAAUCUAAAGUCAAUGUUUCACCAAGUAGUACAAAACGUUAUGAAAUUUUA